AUGAGUGUUUGCUAUUUGUCGACGUUUAUCUCUGUAAGUGAGGCAUUCAAAGAUGACCCUCGAUUUUUCUUGACAUCCCUUACAAUAGGAGCCAGCUGUGGACAUAUUGCUAUACCUAUGCUGUUUGAAAUAUUAAUAGCAAAAUACUUCUUGUCCGGAGCUUUUAUACUCUUAGCGGGAGUCGUAAUGCAGUGCUUGCCGUUUGGACUUGUAAUGUAUCUACUCUCGGGAAAAGAUCACGAUCCAAAACAAGAAAAAGUUUCUCGACCUGUUGUUUGUGAUGUUCUAGUUCUGAAAGAUAUGGUGCUUUGUACAGUUCUUAUUAAUACUUUGCUGAUGUUUAUGACAGGAAAUAUUGAAGCACUUUUCAUUGUAGACCAGCUUAUUGGUAAAAACUAUUCACGUAAUAAAGGUUCAGUGCUGAUGUCAUUCACCGGCAUUGCAGCUGUACUUGGGAGAAUCCUUGCUAGUUUUACAGUUUUGAAAUGUACGAGAUGGCCAGUGAUAAACCACUUGGUAUACGCGUCUGUAGUUGUAGCUGUUGGACACAUCCUUGUAUUGGAACUUCUAAACGUUUACACGUUUCUGGUUUUGGCAAGCCUUUUACGUGGGACUGGAUUUGGAAUGUUUAAUGGGCUUACGCCGGCAGUAGUUUUUGAAGCAGCGGGAUCUGAGAAGUACCCAGCUGCAAUGGCAUGUGCAAACGUAUCAAUUGGAUUUGGCGACUUUCUUAGCGCUAUUUUAGGAGGAAUCGUUCGUGAUGCUAUGGGUAACUACCGUAUGGUGUACUAUAUUUCUACAGGAACAGCUGUUUACGUGGCAACAAGCAGUCUACUUAUUGCUUAUAGAAUUUACCAGAAUGAAAGACGAAAGAGUAGUGAACUGACAAAAGAAAUUUCUUCGAAAUUAAGCUAUGACACUCUGAAGUAA